AUCGCACCAAAGACAAAUUUCCAUUCCGCGCGUGCUGAAUGACAGACAGCGAGUUUCAGAGCGGCGGGUAUUUCUUAGGAGUGUGUAGCUAAGACGCGGAAAAACACCGGAUUAUAAAUGUGUUAUCACUGUAUCACAAUGGAGAGGAUAAACACUGGCUCUGACAAGUAACAUAGCACAGCACUGGUGGCAAAUUUACCCAGCAACUGUGAAGAAAGUCAUGUUUCAAUUUAAUAUAAAAGCACCAACACCGAUAAACAGACGCAGCCGGCGAGGAAGAGAAUUGGCAAAGAUCAUUAGCAUAGACGCUGUAUGCUGAAAUUGACUUCAAGCGAUAACUGAGAGAAAAUGACGGCCAAUGGAAAGAUAAAUAAGAACAGAGUGAUUCCAGUUCAGCUAACGACGGAAGAAGACGGCGUUAUUGAGGAAAACAAGGGUGCGCAAGCAUUAGCUUCUACGUCGGUGAAUUCUGAGGAGAAGGAAAGCCCCAGCAUACAGAAAAAAAUACGCAUAGUUUCUCCGCUAAAAGCCGUAGGGCAGGCGAAGGUGAACGUGUCAAAAUGGAAGAAGUAUGCUAGGAGAAGGGCCGAUAUUUUAGCGUGGCGCGAUUAUCAGAAAGCGCGGAUCGAUUUCCCGACCAUCCGUGAAAGCAUGAGACAGAACCAUCACCGCAUGAAUGCGGCGCAACUGAGCGACUUAGAAGAACUAGUGGAGAUAACUUCAGUGCAGGAAAAACACAGAAAAGAUGGCGGAGUCAGUACGGUAAGUUCGCCCAGCAGAGCUUUGUUGUAUUAUUUUGCUAAGCUGGCCGCAUCAACCCGCGAAGAGGAAGUGAUUGACUUGGAGUUCGUGGAGACGCUUAUUGAGAACGGCGCUUGCGUUAACACGGCGGAUCGCCACGGACAGACACUCAUGCACGAGGCAGCCAGGCAGUGGGAUACGUCGGUUGCUAAGCUGUUACUUGAACGAGGUAAGGGAGAAGUGUCUCGAACUAGUACGUGAAAUUCAGUUUAUUCCACUAAACCUGACGCUAGAAGAUAAACGUAUUCAUGUAUUUACUAUUAACUAGAGUAGCGGCCAGUUAAAACUGUAUACAA